AUGUCAAGCUACGACCUACCCGCGGAUGAGAUCAUCACGCCUGCCCAGUUCCAGGCGAGCAUGAAGCUCGUUCGCCUGCAAAUUGCCGUCCCUAUCAGCGUCCUCAUGUCGAUGGGAACCAAUCUGGUCUGCGCCCUCGCGCUCAAACCUGGACUGAGGGGAAUCAUGGAUCUCUAUCCAACGCUAUUGACGCCCAACGUACCUAUGCUGGGCUUCUACUGGGCGUUGACAUUUGUCUUGCAGGUUGGAUUCUGUCUGAAUCUGCUCUUGGCGAGGAAAGACGUGACGAAGGAAACGCUCGUACAUGGUGUCGGUCUCCGCUUUUCAGCUGCCAACUGGCUUCAAGCGGGCUGGGCCGUUUGCUUCACCUUGCAGUUCUUCCUCGGCGCCGAGAUUCUGCUAAUCAUUAACGCCAUCAACCUACUCUCUAUCCAGUUCACCCUCCUCCCGUACCCCGCCUCGCUCCGCCACCCGCUCGACGCCCUGUUCAUCCACGCUCCCAUCAUCCUGCUCUCGGUGAUCCUUUUCGAGCUCGACUGGCUGCACAGCGGCUUCAUUGCGCUAGGCUGGGUGAUUAAGGAUGAGGCCAAGUGGGGCAAGUGGACGUGGCAGGCUGUUGGAGCUGUGGGGGGCGUGAACUUGGUGAUGGCCAUCUGGGAGGGUGUGAGGGGCAACUACCUCAUGGCCUUCGCAUCCGAAUACGUCCUCCUCGCCCUCCUCUUCUCAUCCCCCCGAACCAACCCCACUCUCCCCACCACCGCGCUCCCCAAACCUACCGGCCUCAUCGUCAUGCUCAUCAUCUGCCUCGUGCUCCACCCGGUCGCGAUCCUCGCUGGGGUCGCAUGGAAGCGCACGAGGGAGAGGGAGGGGCGGAUCAGGCUGCACGAGGAGGUGGAGGAGGCAGAGGCGGAGGCGGAUGCAGAGGCGGCGAGGCAUGGGCAUUCGCAUGCGCACGCACACACCCACGCGGACCGGACGAGUCGCGCGUGA